AUGCCGUCUUCUUCCUCUUCUUUUGGACGUUUGGUCCAGUUCGCCUCAUUGUGUCUCUUCUCUCUCGCGACAGCACAAUCGUGCUAUUACCCGGACGGGACUCUAUCCACCACCGACGUUCCCUGCGGCACUGGCGCUGCCGUCUCAUGUUGUGGUGCUUCUUCCUUCUGCAUGGACAACGGGCUUUGUUUCUACGGAGGAAUCGUGACUCGGGCAAGCUGUACCGACAAGACUUGGGCCAGCGGCGCCUGUGCAGCAUUCUGCAAAAAGACAUCUCCGAGCUCGAGCGUGCCAAUCUCGCCGUGCUCCCUUUCCAGCAACACAUUCGCAUGCGGACUGAAUGGCUCCUCGUGCAGUGAUACCAGCAAUACGUUCACCAUGUCCGGUGGCGACUCGCUUUACCUCCGACCAUCGCAAGUUGCUCAAUUGCUCGGCAAUGCCGUCACUCAGGCGUCGUCCACCGCAACCGCUGCCAGCUCUGGAAUGUAUACUCUCGGCGCCUUGAUUGGAGUAGGAGCAGGACUGGGAAUCCCACUGGUCAUCGCGAUCGGCGUUGCUAUCUUCCUCUUCCGCCAGAACAAGACUCGCCAACCUAAGAUCAUGUACCCCAUCCCGACCGACAACAAAUCCGAGUUCUCCUUCCGUCCUCCACCGCCGCUCAGCCCGCCGUUCGAGUCUCGUAUGUCCAUGCACUCAAAUCACAGCGAGCCUGUGAGCAUGAUGUCUGUCACCACUGUCGGCCCGCAGACGCCUGUACACUUGUCGACCUUCGCGGAACGAUACUCACCUGGAAACAAGAGUGGAUUCCGCACGGAGACUACUGAUGUGAACGUGUCGCCUAUUCGUCAGAGUUCGGUUGAGCAGGUCACGGCUCUACCAGCAGGGCGAGGCCAGGUGCGGCAAAUCAUCAUGUCGCGAUGA